AUGAAUGUUGCGUAUGAAAUCACUACAGCAUUCUCCGCUCUUAACCUCCUACUUCCUUGGGCUCACCCCACCAUUCCCUCAUAUGCAACUUCUUCCUCUUUCUCCGCAUUCUCCUCGUCCACCUCGUCUUCCCCGUUUCUCGUCAGCUUCUCGUUAUACUUUUGCCCCCAAUAUACUUUUUGUCUCCGCUUUCUCUUCUUCUCCCUGCACUCCACGUAUCCAAAUCCACUCGCACUGAGAUGCUCCCCGUCUGCCCUUUUCCCCGAACUUGCACGGCAGGAGGCAGCAUGCAAUGCGUUCUGCGGCGUCUCCUCUGCUGUUGGUGUUGCUGCUGCGUGUGGUGGACAUGGGGUGUGCUAUCCAGAGGGGUCUAGCUUGGCACCCACGUGUCUGUGUGAUGCGGAAUUCGUGCGGUUUGGAGAGAUCGGCUGUGCUCCUCAAGGCCAGCAGAAGAACUACUCCACCAGCCAGCCGAUUCUCCCACAAGCUUCUGUGCUCACCAAGGGGACGCAGCGGGAGACGAGGGGGAGCUUCACCACAGCGCCGGUGAUGCUGUUUGCGUAUGAGGCAGGGCAGAUGGCAUUGGGCGCCGGUGUGGGGUAUGGCGGAAUGGACAAGCGGAGUGUGGCGGUUGAGUUCGACACGCUGCAGAACAAGGAGCACGGCGACAUGAGCAGCCCACAUCUAUGGCUGAACGUUCGCGGCGAGGACAUUUCGAUGGCGGCUGUGAGGUCGCCUUUCCCCCUGAGCAACAGGAAGGCGUACACGGCGUGGGUGGACUAUGAGCCGGGGGACCCCGGCACCAUCCUGGUCUUCCUGGCUGACUCGCAGGAGAAGUCGCAGCAGGCGGUGCUGGAGAGGAGGCUGGCGCUGUGUGAGGUGCUGCAGGGUGCCGCCGAGCAGCCCGCCUUCUUCUUUGGCUUCGUGGCGUCCACCACUGUGAAGCCGUUUCAGCGCCACGUCAUUCUUGAAUCUGCAGUGGACACAGGUAAGCAGUGUGCGCUGCUAGGUAGAUGA